AAUGUAGCAAUCGGAGAGAGUAACACACGUGGGUCAUACACGGGCAGAUAUUGAAUGUGACAUCCACAACAAUCCCGCCUGCUGUUUGGGAGUACCAGAGUUCGGCGAGCAGUCGAAGCGACACUUAUAACACACAUAGACCAUUGCCAUUUUAAAUCCGAAUGUCUGAUAUGUCACGGACUAUAGUGCUUUGCCUUUCGCUUGCUAUGAGCAGCUGGUUAUACAUCUGGAUAAACUGCGGUACAAAGCAUAUUUUAUUUAAUAUAUAGUAAUAUGAGUUAGAUCUCAGCUAAAGCAAUUUGCAAUCAAAAUACAUAACCGGAAUUUGGCACUGCUAGCACUGAGCGGGACAGGAGGCUACAGACGCAAACGUGAAAGGUAAUCGGGAGGAGCAGUUUAACCCGCCGUACUCGCGUACCGCUCAUAGCAACAAGUUGCGAAACACACAUUUGGCGAAAUCAAGGGAGCGUUACUCCCUGGAGGGCAAAAAGACUGCAAAACCUCCAAAUACGCGAAGAAAAAGAUGGCAGCAACGUAAGAGACUUGCUAUAAGUGAAGUAGGGCUGUCUGGAAAGGACCACUGGAGAUAUUAAAAAGGUCAAAGUAAAUUUUGGAGAAUGAUUUUCCAGAAGUUUGCAGUCAAAGGAGACAAAUUCCCUACGUCGUAGACUAUUUCAUUAUCAGACGCGAGCUUCGGUGCACCCCGUUUUCCGUGGGGGGUAUUUUUGGCUGCAGUUUCUUGCUUAAAGCGGGUUUGGUCUGCAAGAGGAGAGAACAUCACAAGUCGAAACAUUUCCCUUCUGUUUCUGUGCAACAGCGCUUCGAGAAGAGGCAUUAGUUUGGAAAAGCGCGUCGCAGCUCUAACCCUCAGCGCGAAACCUGUUCUAGAUGGAAGUGAUUUCAUUCGCGUUUCGCUCAAUUAUCUGAUCGCAGUGUUUAUUAUACACUAUAGCCCCGGCGCGUCGUCCUUUUUUACAAGUGGCUGGUGUGUGCAACGGAAGAAGGGGAAUAAUCUUUGCAUUCAAAAUGUCAGAAUAAAUUCGAGAGAAAAAGGUGAAAUUAAUUUGUAAGAGUACCAGCAAGGUGAAAUGAGAAAAUAAGAGGACCCUACAGAGGACCGGAGCUCCUUAGCCGAUUUCUGUCUGGAAUUGUGCCGCUUUAUAAAUGAUUCAUGCGACCUGAUUUUUUUUCCAGAGUCUAAUUGUCAACGCGGUGGGAUAUUAUCGGUGUGUGAGUCCGUUUGAGAGCGUGUGUGUCACCAGUUGUAAAUCUAAAAGGGGAAGACGGAGAUUCUCCAGACUGGGACUGUGAACAGACCUUUGUAACAAAAUACACACUUUUCUAUUUUUCCUUUUUGUUUUUUUCCACAUUGUGGGAUUCUUUCGUCAGCUUGUGACCACUGUUUCCUAGCUGUCUGAACGAUCAUCUGUUGCUGCGACCGGCUUGAUUAAAAAGGAGAUACACGAUUAAAAAAAAAAACGUUCCCUGUUAUCGACAGUCUGGAUUCAGCUUAAUAGUGGAAUACGGGGAUCUACGAUUGUAUUUUUUUUUUCAUUUGAACAUUUUAUGAUCGCACAUUCUAAUGGAAAUGGGAGAAAGACUAUUACUACUAUUGUUGCUUCUCUUGUCGUUAAAUGUUAGGUUCUGAUACGGCAGACUAGCCCCACAUAAUGAUCCUUUACAACGACUGCCGGCUUAUUUCUGAUAGUCGUGUAUUUGCUAACUGAAUCAGACUGUAGCAUCACGGUCAAGCAACAGCUUUUGUUAUUAAAUAUUAGAAUAUAUAUCCACGGCUGUGUUUCCUUUUCGUUUAUCUGAUUAGUUGUGCACAAUUCAAGAUAAAUGCUGAUGAUGGAGGAUGACAACGAACUGGAGGCGCAUCAGGUUGAAAUCGAUUCGGAUUUCGAACCGCAAAGCCGGCCACGCUCCUGCACCUGGCCGCUGCCGUGUCCAGAUGAUUUCCCUGCUGGAGAGGAGGUUAACGGAGGUCUGCCUCUGUCUUCCGUGAAGGUCGAGCCGGAUAACGUGCCGGCGUGCCGCGCCGAAAGAAACGGCGGCACGCCGGCGGAGUUAAAGCAUCCAGCCGGCGCCCCGGCUCCCGCUGCAGCCGCUCUCCCGUGCCUGGCCGGCGCUGCGCUCGAUGUGGCCGGCCAGCUGCGCAAAGCCAAGUCUUCACGGCGGAACGCGUGGGGCAACCAGUCCUACGCGGACCUCAUCACCCGUGCCAUCGAGAGCACCCCUGAAAAACGACUCACGCUGUCACAGAUCUACGACUGGAUGGUCCGCUAUGUACCUUAUUUCAAAGAUAAGGGCGACAGUAACAGCUCAGCCGGGUGGAAGAACUCCAUACGGCACAACCUGUCCCUGCACACUCGCUUCAUCCGCGUCCAGAACGAGGGCACCGGGAAGAGUUCCUGGUGGAUGCUGAACCCGGAGGGAGGCAAGGCAGGGAAGGCGCCUCGGCGCCGGGCCGUCUCCAUGGACAAUAACUCCAAGUACUUGAAGAGCAAGGGGCGGGUAAGCAGGAAGAAGGCAGCGGGGCGGCCGGGGCUUGGGGCCACGGCUGGGCUGCAGGGCUCCGCCACAGAGGAGGGCAGCCCCAGUGGGAAGACGGUGGGGGUGGGAGCAGGUGCUGAAGAGUUUGACGCCUGGACAGACAUCCACUCCCGGGCCAGCUCUUCCACCUCCACCCUGAGCGGCCGCUUGUCACCCAUCCUGGCCGAAGCCGAGCUGGAGGAGCCUGAGGAGGGCGUUCUCUCCUGCUCCGCCUCCCCCCGCCUGUACCCCAGCCCGUCCAGCGCCCGCUCGCCUGCCCUGGGAGCCGCCGGACACUGUCCCUCAGUGGAGCUUCCGCAGCUCGCUGACUUGACGGGGGCCAUCAGCCUGGAGGAGAGGCUCCUGGAAGAAGGGUACCAUCAGCCCCCCCGGCACAAGCGUCCCAGCUUCCACUUCGGGUCCGGCAACAAAGGUCAGGGCUCGUACUGUGGCUCCGUGUACAGCCAGCCGGCCAUGGGGCUGCUGCGGCACCACUCGCCCAUGCAGACCAUUCAGGAAAACAAAGCUGCCAGCUUUCAGGGCUCAAUGAGGGGCUACGGUGGCUCCAACGCCCUGCAGGACCUGCUCACUGGGGGCCCGCGCUACUGCAGCAAGGACAUGAUGCUGAGGCCAGAGGCGGAGUCACACCCCCUGAUGGGUCCCUCCAGCACAGGCCACGCCCACAGCCACAGCGCCAGCCUCCACCACGGACACAACCAGAACCCAAACCACAAUCCCAGUCACAACGCCAACCCUGGGCAUAAUGCGCAUCACAGUGCCGGUCAUAAUCCCAGCCACAGUCACAGCCAUACUGCCAACCACAACCACAGCUCCAAUCGCAACCACAACCCUACUCACAACCACAACCCUACUCACAACCACAACCCUACUCACAACCACAACCCCACUCACAACCACAACCACGCACACACUCGCCCAGGUCAGCAACCGGCUCUCACAGCCCAGAUGAACAGUGGACUUCUGCAGCCCUACAGCCUCAAAGCCCCUGACUUAUAUAGCCCAUCAGGCCACGCCCACCUACCUGCCUCCACCUCCCUGCCCCCUAACCCAGCUGGCAUGCUGGGGAUGCCCCAGGAUUCCUGCCACCUGGCCACAGCCCCGCACCCCCGGCUCCAGCCCUACUCCGGGGGCCACCAUCAGGGCAUGGAGGACCCCCGACAUGGACACUACCACCACCCACAGAGUGGAAGUGGAGGCUACCAUGGCUACCACCACCCGCACCACCCCCACGCCCAUCACCCACAUGAUCGGCUGCCCGCCGACUUGGACCUGGACAUCUUCCAGGGCAGCCUGGACUGCGAUGUGGAGUCGAUCCUCCUCAAUGACUUUAUGGACUCUGAGGAGAUGGAUUUCAACUUUGACAGCUCUCUGUCCCAAGGGAUGGGAAUGGGUAUGGGUAUGGGUAUGGGAAUGGGAAUGGGAAUGGGAAUGGCGGUGGGAAUGAGUGGCCUGGCCGGACCCCCUCAGGCCCACAAUAAUCAGAACUGGGUGCCUGGCUGAGCCUCCCUUGGUAACCCUUGGAGAGACCUCACACAUUAGGAGGAGCGGUUGGCAAUGGGGGUCCCUCAGAAUGACAUACCCAGCUGUCUGCUUGACUGUGACUUCUAGGCCACAUGAGAAAACAAUGUGAUAGAAACACAUACAAUCUAACCGCCUCUCUCUCCCCCCCCCCCCCCAUCCCCUCUAUCUACCCCAAGCCCUCCGUCCCCGGUCACUGUGCUUAUGGUUCGCGUCCUUCCAGUCUGUCGAGUCAGUCGUACUGUGAUGACAAUCCCAGUGUUACCGCCAUCUACCAAGGCCUCCCGUCAGCCCGGAACUUUCUAGCACUUUAUAUGUAUGAUGCUGGGAGUCACGCAGAUGCCACCAGGCGAGGGUCACUCUGCCGUGCGGCUCGUUCCGCCUGCCGGGGGCACCCCCGAACAUAUCCAUCAGACUCGAGCGUCGACUCUCUGCACGUCGCCGCGACCCGGCGUGUCCCACCCAGCACCUCCGCACCGCUAGCUUGCCGCUGACGUCACCCCAUUGAAAUUCCGCGUCUCGCUUUUAAUCUCCAAAGUGACCCAGUAGUGAUGUAUCAUUAUUGCAAAUUUAAUGCAGUGGUGGCACCCCCAGCCCACGUCCACUGCGCGUAAUGCGCUGAGUGAAGGGAGUGAUUAACGCUAAGUCAUCUCGCAGUAAUGUAGCCGACACCCCACCCCACCUCACCCCCACCUGAUUACACGGAAAGGCUGCAGGAGAUGCACACGUCCUCUGAAGGCCCAGUGGAACCUUUACUUCUCCUUUCUUAUUUGUGGCUUAAUUGGCUUCCCAUUCCAUACACCAACAUCUCGCCGAGUUCCCCGUAGUGUGGGGUUGGUGUGCCGUAACUGCACUCGUCCUUCCUGUCUGCGUUGAGACCACGCUUCUCUCGUGUUCUGUCAGUGCGCGCCAGUCGCGUUGUGGCUUUGACUUUGUUUACCGGUCCAUCGACUGGAAAAAGAAGAAAUUAAACGUGCGACCAACCGCGGCUCUCGUCAGAGAGUGCUGACCUCGUCGUCGUUACACUCAUCUUUGCUUUGUUGUCGUUCUUUCUCAUCAUCGUUCUCUGUGUAAAGAAGCAGAGUGGUUCGCCCUGGGGGGCGCUCAAAGCGGCUACACAACAGGUGGAACUAUUGGCUCUCAUCUGGACUGUCUUGGACGUGCACACAAACCACUGCGACCACAAAACACCCCUACAGGCCUGCCCUGCUCAGCUCUGGGAACGAAUAUAUCCCCCCCACCCCUGAUGCUAAUGAACAGUGCUGCCAACAAGGGGAGGACAUGCGUUUUCUGGGUGCCCAGGCUCGGUGAGUCCAAGGAUCAGGCCAAGUGAUACCUGCCGGUGAUGGAUAAUGCCUCUUCUUUCAGUGAUGGGUCUUUAUUUUCACUAGUACAGGUUAAGCUCAUUGACCCUUGAGGGGCAGAUUAUGUGACUCGCCCCAGUUCGCCAUCAUUUCUGUCUUUUUGAGCAUAUGUUCUUCAUUUGCCUCCUGGAGCAGAUAUGGGGUUCAGUUUAACCUUUGACCCUUUGACGUGUAAGUGUGUGCGCAUCAACCUUGUACCGCAGUGGUGUAGAGAAUUGCAAAAUUCAACAGAGGACCUUCCCGGUAUUUAUAUAUGAAGCUGCAUAUGCAUAAUAUAUACGAAUAGCAUACAAAUAUUUAUUAAUGAAAAAGUUGGUCUUUGACUUCCUGAGUGUGGUAGCAUCCCAUUGAACCCUGACCCCCCCCCCACUUCCUGUCUUUGUUACUGAAUCAUACUUCAGUUAUAAUUUAAUGACCUUUUAUUUUGUACAAAAUCUAUAUUGAGAAAAUUGUAUAAUAAUUUUUAACGAAAAAAAUAUCAAUUUUGCUGUUUUAUUUCUUCCUUUUUUUAAAGAGAAUGUAUCUUAUCACCUGGUGACUGUUAAAUAAAUGAGAUCUGAUCGA